AGAGAAUGCCUUAUAUCAGUGAAGAACGUGGGGCCAGGAACUCACUGGAUUAUAGACUCUUUUUCAAGGAGAGGGUGUUUACAACAUGGUUGUAGAAGUCCCACGGUGGAGUAAUGCUAAGAUAGAGAUAGAUCUCAAGUCCAGUCUCAAUCCCCUCAAGCAGGAUGUCAAGAAGGGGAAACUCCGGUAUGUGGCGAACUGUUUCCCCCAUCACGGGUAUAUUUGGAACUAUGGCGCUAUCCCUCAAACAUGGGAGGAUCCAAACCAUACAGACCCUAGCACGAACUGCAAAGGGGACAACGACCCCAUCGACGUUUGCGAGAUCGGGCAGAAGAUCCAUCCCAGGGGGUCCGUUGUUCAGUUCAAGGUCUUGGGAACCUUCGCACUCAUCGACGAGGGUGAGACGGAUUGGAAGAUUAUCGGAAUCGAUGUAACUGAUCCUCUGGCCGAAAACCUCAACGAUAUCCAUGAUGUAGAGAAGCUUAUGCCCGGUUUCCUCACGGCAACGGUGGAAUGGUUUAAGAUUUACAAGAUCCCCGACGGAAAGCCCGCUAAUGAGUUCGCCUUCGACUCCAAGCCAAAGGAUCGUGAGUUUGCCGAGAACGUGAUCGCUCAGACCAACGAAAGCUGGAAAAAAAUGAUGUCCGGGGAAAUCGAAGCUAAGGGUACUAGCCUAGUUAACACUACCCUUGGGAACUCUCACUCUAUUUCGGCCGACGACGCUGCCGCUGUCGUCUCUCAGAUGCUGGGAGCUGCAGCUGAUGAACCCCUGCCUGCUGAUGUUAACAAAUGGCAUUAUGUUAGUCUCAAGUAAGCCGCAGGCUUCUGACUCCCUCGACAGCUGAUAUGAGAUCCCGGCUUUGAUCUUUACGAGCAACAUCUAUCAUCAUCAAAUUAUUAAUGAUAAAAUAUUUGAUACCGUGAUUCAUCUUUUUCCUACCAACAUUGCUUUAAAACUUGGUUUUUCUUUCUCUUGGAAUUUUAAAUUAUAUUU